AUGUCUGACGACGACGACUUUAUGCAAGACUCUGGAGAGGAGGAGUACGACUUCGAGUAUGAAGACGAGGACGAAGAGCAGAGCGGUGAUGUCGACAUCGAGAACAAGUAUUACAACGCGAAGCAAGUCAAGGCCGACGACCCCGAAUCAGCGAUCGACGAGUUUCUUGGUAUACCCGCGCUUGAAGAAGAGAAGUCCGAUUGGGGCUUCAAAGGCUUGAAGCAAGCAAUCAAGCUUGAGUUCAAGCUCGCGCGGUACGACCAGGCAGUCGAGCACUACAAAGAGCUACUCACCUACGUCAAGUCUGCAGUGACGCGUAACUACUCAGAGAAGUCAAUCAACAAUAUGCUUGACUUUAUCGAGAAGGCGGCAGAGGACGCGGACGCAUAUCGAUGCAUGGAGAAGUUUUACGCCUUGACCCUGGACAUUUUCCAGAGCACGAAUAAUGAGCGACUUUGGCUGAAGACCAACAUCAAGCUGGCAAGGCUGUGGCUGGACCGCAAGGACUACCGCCAGCUGACAGACAAGCUCCGCGAGCUGCAUAAGGCCUGCCAGCGAGAGGACGGAACGGAUGACCCGAGCAAAGGCACAUAUUCGCUCGAAGUCUACUCCUUGGAGAUUCUUAUGUAUGCAGACCAGCGGAACAACAAGCGCUUAAAGGCACUAUACCAGCGAGCGCUUAAGGUGAAGUCAGCUGUUCCACAUCCCAAGAUCAUGGGUAUCAUCCGAGAAUGUGGCGGCAAGAUGCACAUGAGCGAAGAGAACUGGAAAGGGGCGCAAAGUGACUUCUUCGAGAGCUUCAAGAAUUACGACGAGGCUGGCUCGCUGCAGCGAAUCCAGGUCCUGAAGUAUCUAGUGCUCUCAACCAUGCUGUCGGGUUCCGAUAUCAACCCAUUCGAUUCUCAGGAGACCAAGCCCUACCAGAAUGAUCCGCGCAUCUCCACCAUGACCAACCUUGUCAACGCCUAUCAGCGUGAAGACAUUCACGAGUACGAGAAGAUUCUGCAGGACAAUAAGGACCUGCUACAAGAUCCGUUCAUCGCCGAGAAUAUCGACGAAGUAACCCGGAACGUGCGCACCAAGGCUGUCGUCAAACUCGUUGCACCAUACACUCGCUUCACCUUGGCUUUCAUUUCCAAGCAGUUGAAGAUAUCCCUCCCCGAGGUUCAGGAAAUUGUGGGCUUCUUGAUCGUCGAUAAGCGGUUGCGCGGCAAGAUCAACCAACAGAAUGGAACGGUGGAGAUCGAGAGUAGUACCGACAUGGAUCGGGUGCAGGCGAUGCAAGAGUGGAGCGCCGCCAUUGGAUCUCUGUGGAAGUCGGUGUUGAACGAUGGAGAGGGCUUCAAGUCAGACGAGAGCGGCUCUCAGUUCACGCCUGGCGGUCCCGGCAUGGCUUGGGGUCAAGGCCCUAUGGGAGGUAGCAACAAACCUGGCGGUAGACAGAAAGGCAAGGGUCACUCCGGCUCCGGACGCCUGCCGGGCGUGUCAAGCAAAGUAUGACUUGCAGGUUAGGAUGGAAGGCAACACAAGACGACCAAUGACCAGGAAUACGGGAGAGGGCCACGGGACGAGCAAGUUACACAUUACCGUCACCGAGGCUUCAUCGCACCUGAAGAGUGAGACAGGCUCCUCAGGACGGGCGCUGGGGUUGGUCUAGCAAGUAGCACAAGGCAAGACUUGCUUCCACAUGAGCAGUAGGUUCUCGAAAUGGCGUCUCAACAGCAUCCGGGCGGCGGAUUUGUUCGGGUACACACGUAUGCGCCUCUACGACCGAGGGUCAGCAGCAGAUCCUGUAUGUAACAUGGCCUCGUUCUCUCGUUGCAACCAGCCAAGAAUCCCGGUUGCACGGUUAUUG